CCUUAAAACGCGAUUAUCGUGGUUGUUCCGUGAGCUGGUCAUCGGCUAGUAAACAGUCCACCAGCUACUGCUGUUAUUUUACUCGUCGAACCCCGAGAAAAUGGCCAAAAAUGAAACUUGCUUGAUUCUCGGGGCAACAGGCGUUGGAAAAACGUUACUGCUUAAACGUCUGCAAAAGCCAAUUGUUUAUCCAGCAGGUGAACUGGAGUUACCUUCUUCUACUCUGCCAACUGUAGGAACUAAUCUGACAGACCUGACCCUGAAGAAGAAGUCAGUAACUGUGAGAGAACUGGGAGGCUGCAUGGGGCCCAUCUGGCCCAGUUACUUCAACGACUGCUCCUCUGUCAUAUUUAUAGUUGAUUCAGCUAACAUUGCUCAAGUGUCCUCGUCCUGUGUCCAGCUGUUGUCCGUCCUCUCUGCUGAGCCUCUGCGCAGUGCCUCUGUACUGAUUCUUUUCAACAAGAGAGACAUGCCCAGUACUAUGAGUCUCACUGAGAUGAGGUCACUGUUCAGAAUGGAUGAUAUUGUUGCAUCUGCUCCCCAGUCAAUCACAAUACUGGAAGGAAGUGCCCACACUGGACAGGGCCUUCAGGAGGUGCUCAACUGGCUGGAGUCUGUUGCAAUCAAAUGAUGAUUACUUGUAGGCAUCCUGUUGUCUUUUAAAGUUAGAUCAUGGCCAAGGACAUCAGUGACGUCAAUGCAAAGUCAGUUUAUAGUUUAUCAACAGUGAACUGGGCUGACAACCUAACCAUCAGCUGCUGUAAAGCUGACUGUUCUCACUCAGAGGGCUGUGGUCCCGAAGACCUUUCAUACUGUGGUGAUAUCACUGCUGUUCUGGUUUUGAUUGGAUUACUGGGGCAACAGCAUCUCAUUAUGACACACUGAAGAAGGUCACUGCUUCUCUGAGAUGUCUCCUUCACGUGGUGGGAGCGAGGAAUGAGGUUAAAGGUGUUCUUAUAGAGUAUUUAUCUCAUGGACAAUGACUAAUUCAAGAUGUGGGGCACACUAUCAACAAUAGACCUCUCCUUCAAUGUAUUUAAAAAUAGUUGUGUGUAUCUGUAUGUAUAAAAACUAAAAUUAAAUGAAAUUAAAAACAAAUCUAAGAAAAUAUUUUCUUUCCUGCACAAUUGUUUGGAUUUCUGCUCCAAGCUGCUCAUUGUUUACAUGUGUAAAAGCACAUAUAGUACUGAGAUUUUCAUAGAUAACAGACACACACACCACUGAACUUACCAUUUGCUACUAGACUUAAAAUUGGCAAAAGCUAUCAGAAAUGUAAAAAACAAACAAAAUAAAUAUCAUAAGAAGAGGAAAAUGUGUGAAGACUUCCAAACUCCAGCAACACUUGCAAAAAACAUGCAAGCAAAUUAGACAGCUUUAUUGUAAAGACUGGGGCAUUUUUGAUUGUGGCAAUUUAAUAAGUAAUGCUGCAUGUCUUAUCUGUAGAUGAUAAUAAUAACGUUGGCCUUCAAUAAAUACAUUUCCAGACAUUGAACUGCAGGACGUGAUUUUUGAACAUGUCCAUAUUGGAGAAAUCAUUCAUGCAAAUC